AUGGCAAGAGACAGGCUUUGUGAUGAGGACCGUUGUGACAAGGCCCACGAUGAGGUGCAAAGAACAAAGCAAAAUUACGAGAAAUAUUUGGCCGAAAUUGAGACCUAUAAGACGCCCUACAUGGAGAACAUGACUUUCGUGUUCGCCAAAUGCCAACAAAUGGAGCUGAAACGGCUGAAGUUUUUCCAGGAGAUGAUCCAGGGAACGGAGCAUGUGUUGCUGGAUUUGAUACGGAACAACAAGUUCAACCAAUUGCACGAUCAAAUCAACCUGCACCUACGGGCCACCGACGAUGUCGUGCUCAAUCAAGAUCUGAAGACCUGGAGCCAGGUGUAUGGAGUGGACGCGCAGAUGCACUGGCCAGGCUUUGAAGAGUACCGCCCCGAAAUGCGUGAAAUCUCGGCCCGAAAAAGCUCAACAAAGGACAACUCUGGAGGCGUGGUGCUGACACGACAGAUUAUCAAGGAUGAAGACCCACUCCCGCAGCGUACAACGGUGGAAAAAUUCCGGCAAAUGGACAAGAUCGAAACCGGAAGUCACAGAAGCCUGCCGGGGAGCAGCCAGAAUAGUGAUAGUGGAAAACAAGGGUCAAACUCCCUGGCAUCGUCUGGAGCCUCGACACUCCCUCCACAGUCCCAAACGCCCGACUCCGAGAAGUUCAGCGAGUUUGAUGAUUAUCAGAAGCAACUCGGUACGGUGCUCUACGACUACUCCCCCAUCGAAAAUGACGAGAUCGGGUUGAAGAAAGGCGAGACGAUCGAAGUCCUGUCGGAGCCCGAUUCACUCGGCUGGUGCACCGGCAGGAAAAACGGGCUCACCGGCCUGUUUCCGGCCAGCUACGUGCAAGUU